CCUUGCAUCAGCUGUUUACAUGGAGCUCUUCAGUUACAUCACAAAACCUUCAUCUCCGACUUUACCACGAACUCCACAUCAUCCAAUCACAGACAAGAAGUACUUGUUGACCCAAAAUGAGCACUGUGAUUGGCUGCAGCCGAAUCGUCCCUCCUCUGCGUCCCGAGAGAAGAGCUUUUUGUCAAAUCGCCCCGAGAGAGACGCUAAACUGAGGGCGGUGAUGGUCAGGACACGGACCGCAGCACAACACACACCAAACCCUCAUUUCAGGAUCAUGUCGAACGUCUCCGAUGUGAACUCCAGCAUCCCCGAAGUGGCGCAGCGCCUGCUGUGGUACCAGUUUGAGGCGUGUGCGGAGGCUCCUCACUGGUUUCUGCUGUACUACGGUGUGAAAGUGUUGAAUCUGGUGGCCGGAGUUCCCCUGAACGCUCUGGUGAUGUGGCAGAUCCUGAGGAAGAAGAGCGAGGGGUCCACAUCUGACAUCUUCAUCUUCAACCUCUCCGUCCUGGAUGCUUAUUUCGGGCUGAUGACGCCGGUGGAUCUGGCCAAUCGGCUCUACUUUAAUGAUGAUCAUAUCUGGUACUCGGUGAGGUUUGCGUACGGUCUGAAGGACACGACUCCGCUGUUCCUCACCUGUAUUUGUCUGGACAGGUAUGUAGCUGUGGUCCAUCCCAUCCUGUUCACAGGCACGCGGGACACGGGCAUCCGCAUCGGCGUCUCCAUGGUGGUGUGGGGACUCAUCCUGGCCUACUCUCUCACCAAAUGCAUUCUGGGAGUGAUGAGUGUGAACGAGGUGUUCAGCGGCCUCAUCCUCUCCGCCUUCUCCAUCAUGGUGUUCUGCAACCUGUCCAUCAUCUGGGUCCUCAGGAAAAGCGUGGCCGGGAAGGAGGUCAUGAAUCCGGUCAAGAGGAAGGCCUUUAAGAUGGUGAUGACGGUGCUGGCCAUCAUCAUAGGCAACUAUCUGCCGCCGGUGGCUCUAAUGCCGUUUGCGUCCACAUAUUCGUUCAUCACGUUUCGCUGUAAGAUCAGUCUGGCCGUGUUCUCCAUCAUGGACCUGAGCUGCACUGUUGAGCCUCUGCUCUACAUCUCCAAGAUGGAUCAAUCCGCCUUCUGCUCCUGCUUAAAGAGUCCCUCAAAGAAACCCAUCAAUGUGAGCGUCUGAGAUGGAUUCUGCAUCUUUUGAGACUCGACUGAUGAGGUAUGAGCAGGCCUCAGGUCAGUUUAGGCUGCGUCUGCACUAAUCCAGAUACUUCUGAAAAUUGUGUUUGGUCUAAACAAGCUCCAUGUCCACAUCACUGUCUUCACUUCUCUCCAUCAUCCACACUAGAAGGCUAUCAGUGCUCUGGUCGAGGUUCUGCGCAGCACACACACGUCAGACUCGCUCAUCUCCGCUGCUCUUUAUUUACUCUCCAUGUCUCUGAGCAGUAAAUGUGUGACUGGUCUGAUCUGAACAACAGCUCCAGUAAAUAUUCCACGUUUUUAUAACUGUGCAGAGCUGUAGCUGCUUUACUGGGCCUACUACGCUAUACUGUAUUUCAAUACUGCUCAUUUUGCUGGUA